AAUCGUUAUAAUUUUUUGUUUACCGAAGUUUAUGGAAAACUGAAGAAAACACGCGCUUGUUCAACGAUACACGGACAUCACCGAACAAAACCCAAAGCCAGGAAAUGUCAAUAUUUCGAGUACUGGGCAGUGAAAUUUUUUCAGCCUAUCGCCAGGGAAUAAUUUCCGUCAAUAGUCGGUCCUUCCUGACGUCGGUUCAUAACCGUUUUGCGGAGAAAACAGCGCCUUCCGAUGAUGUAGAAGGAAAUCAACCUUCGGAAGAGCAGGAACAAGCCAAGGUAGAGGUACGAGACGAUCCGAAAGAUCGCACACGGAUCAUUCCGGUCGAAACCAGCAUCCGGUAUCUGACAAGCGAAGCGUACCAACAGACCUAUCAAGAAGAUCCGGUGUGGAAGCAGUAUCGAAGAAAUCACAAGGGAGUUUACCCACCGAAGCAAACCCGAAAGACGUGUAUCCGACAAGGUAAGCUUGCUACGGGUAAUCCGUGUCCCAUCUGUCGGGACGAAUAUCUAGUGUUGGACCACAGGAACGUUGACCUGAUCAAACAGUUUAUUUCGUCGCAAAACGGAAAAGUUCUCAGCUACCAGAUUACCGGGCUGUGCCAGAAGCGGCAUCAGGAACUGCUGGUGGUCGUCGAACGGGCCAAGGACUAUGGUUUGAUAACGUUUGACGUGCCAUUCCGGGAUUACGAUUACUCCGAGUACUAUCCGGCGCAGAAGCAAUAGAUUGUAAGUGCGUACGAGUUGCUGAUUUGUUGCGGUGUAGUAGUUUAGAUUUAUAGUAAUUAAUGAUGGAAAUUAGUUGC